AUGAAGGUCAAGUCGAUGGUCCAAUCGCUCUUUCUUCCCACGUGCACUCUCACUGCUUUCCCUGGCCAUGCUCUGGCUCUUCCAACUGUCACGGUUUCCGACGGGGUCCUUGUUGGGACGACCACUACUCUGCCUAGUGCUACCGCAUCUGUAAACAAGUUCCUAGGCGUGCCUUUUGCUGCUAUUCCAACGGGCAGCCUCCGUUGGGCCCCGCCGGCAGCUGUUCCCACCUAUACGACCAGACAAGCAAAUGCAUGGAGCAACUCAUGCGUCCAACAGUUCAUAGAUUCGCCUUACCCGCCAAAUCGCACUCAAACCAUGCAGCUUUUCAACAAUCCUGCCCCGGUAGAAAGCGAAGACUGUCUUUACCUCAAUGUUUACGUUCCCAGCUCAGGAGCUACAGGAAAGGCAGUCAUGUUCUGGAUUCACGGCGGGGGACUGGUGUAUGGCACUGCCUCGUAUCCAUGGUAUGAUGGAUCGAGCUUUGCAGCCCAUCAAGAUGUUAUUGUCGUGGCCGCAAACUAUCGCACCAAUGUCUUUGGCUUCCCUCAUUCCGGCGAUAUAACCGACAAAACCAAAUGGAAUAUUGGCUUCCUAGAUCAACGGCAGGCCCUACAAUGGGUCCAAAAGAACAUCGCGGCCUUUGGAGGCGAUCCAACUAAGGUAACGAUCUUCGGUGAAAGCUCCGGAGCAACAUCAGUCGACCGCUUGGUGACUACCAUGGGUAGCAACACCCCCUUCCGCGCCGCCAUCAUGCAAAGUGGCACCUCCUCAGUCACAGCAGGCGGCGCCGACACCAGUACGACUUAUUGGGACUCCCUCGUCCAACUCUCUGGCUGCGAGGGUGCAUCACCGGUCAUUACCUGCAUGCGCGGAGUAGCCGCCACCGCCAUUAAGAGCACCAUUGAAAAGGACUACAACGCCACUACCCCGUCGACCCCUUUCUUCGCUUUCAAUCCUAUACCAGAUGGUGUCACGGAGCUCGCAAGCCCCGAAGCCUCACGACUCGCAGGAUCGAUUGCCAAGGUACCAGUUCUACAAGGCACAAACGCGCAGGAGGGACGACUCUUCUCAGCCCCAUAUGCGGUAUCAGCUCCUGGUGCAAACGUAAAUGCUAUCGAUGCCGCCUAUCCGGUCCCAGGGGCGUUUCCAGAUGAUGAUACCGCGACGGCACAGGCCUGGACGGAGUCGGUGUAUCAAUGCCCGGCGGCAGUCGUAACCUCCGACGACGCCAAAGCUGGCAUACCAGCCUGGCGCUACUACUUCAACGCCUCUUUCGCUAACUACGGAAGCGUUCCUGGCUUCACGAACCGCGGCGUCUACCACACGACCGAGAUCCCGAUCGUCUUCGGGACAUACCCAUCGUCAGGUGCCACUGCUCAGGAGAUCUCGCUCAGCAGUUACAUGCAAACUGCUUGGGCUACAUUCGCGAAAAAUCCUACGAGCGGGCCGGACCCGGCGUGGCCCAAGGUCGGAACGGCGAGCGGGAGCGCGUAUAUUGGUGUGCUGGGGAACUCGGGGAACACGUUUACAAAUCUUACUGUGAUCCAGUCGACUACCUUGGAUGGGAGGUGUUCGCUUUUUUACCCUAUCUAUGGUAAUUCAACGACGGGGAACACUUGGUAG